CAUAACCUUAUUAAUCAACACGAUGAAUUUUCAAUUUACUUAAAUUUAGAAACUAAAUAAAUAUUACUAUUGAAAAGUUUAUAAAAAAUAUUAAAAAUGACCAUCAACAAAAAGUUAAACAAACGAAAAAAAUUCAGUAAAUCAAAAAAUGUUAAAAAAACGCGUAAAGAAAUUCGGAAAGAAAAUCGAAAACAGAAAAAAUCAAAACGGAACGAAUAUUACAUGAAAAAGAAAGGAAAAUCAAAUGAACAUGAUGAGAAGAACGGAUCAGUAAAAAAUACCGAACAAAAGAAUAAAAAGGCACCGAUUGAAAUUAAUGCUAUAGAUAUGGUAACGAAGCAACGUAAAAAAGAGGAAAAAGAAAAGCAAAAAUUGAAAAAACAAAUGCAAAAACAACGUACAAAACAACUUUUGGAAGCGAAUGAAAGUGAAGAUAAAAUCAUUAAAAAAUUAGAAAAACAAUUAAAAUUAAAUAAAAAGAAAUCUUCCGAUUCUAUAACAAAAUCAUUUGCUGGAGACGGUUUAGAUUAUAUUCUUGAAAUGUGCGAUUCAGAAACACGAAAAACAGUUGCCAGUGCACAUAAAAGUUUAAGUCAACAAGAUAUUGAAGCAGAAUUUGAAAACGAUUUAAUGGCUGUUGAUAGAUACCAAACUUCUCUUUCUACAAUAUAUGAAGAAAGCGAAGAAAGUUACGAAGAAUAUAACCAAGAAUCGGAUGAUGAUGUAGAUGUAUCAUCUUUAACACAGCCAAAAGACAAUGAUUCGGAACAUGAAUCUAAUCCAGAAUUAGGCCAAUUGCCUGGCGAAUCUGAUUCUGCUUCCGAUGAUGAAUUGGAACCAAAAAAGAAAAAACAAAAGUUGAAGAAAAAGAAGAAUCAAACAAAUUAUGAUUCCGAUGAUGAAUCCAAAUCAAAAAAGAAAAAACAAAAGUUGAAGAAAACGAAGAAUCAAACAAAUUAUGAUUCCGAUGAAGAAUCAAAACCAAAGAAGAAAAAACAAAAGUUGAAGAAAACGAAGAAUCAAACAAAUUAUGAUUCGUAUGAUGAAGAUGAAAUUAAUUCAGAAUCGAACAAAAAUGAAGAUUUCUUUGAUUCCGACGGAUCUGAUCAUGAAGUCAAUAAAAGAAAUUUGAAAAACAAAAAAUCAAGUAAGUCAGAUUCCGAUGAUGAAUGGAAACUCGAAAAGAAAAAACUAAAGUUGAAGAAAAAGAAGAAUAAUAAAAACACUAACAAAAAUUAUGAUUCGAAUGAGUCUGAUUCCGAUGAAUUAAUCCCAAAUGAUAGCAGUCAUGAAAAUUCUGAAUCAGAAACAAAAGACGAAGCACCUAAUGAAUGGGAAGAUAUUUAUGGUCGAAAACGUGAUAGAGAAGGGAAUAUUAUCUCACAGAAAAGUGCAUAUGUUCCACCAGCUUUACGAAAUGAACCGUCUGACAAAGAAAAGACAGCAAUUUUACGAUUAAAACGAGAAAUGAAAGGUUUAAUGAAUCGAGUUACAGUUAGCAAUAUGAUCAGUGUUAGCCAACAAAUGGAAAAUUUAUACAAUCGUGGUGACCAUAGUCGUCAUAAUUUAAAUAACACUUUCUGUGAUUUAAUUAAUGAUGCGAUUAUACAAUCAGUGAUUACUCCAAUACGAAUUAUAAUCGAUUAUGCAAUACUGAUUGCUAUACUGCAUGCAAAUAUUGAUACGGAAAUUGGGGCAAUUUAUUUGGAAAAAAUUAUUCAAAAGUAUGAUCAAACUUUAAAAAAUGGAAUAGAUGAUGGUAAUAAGGAGCUGGAUAAUAUUGUACACAUUAUUUCAGUACUUUAUAAUUUAAAAGUAAUCCAUUGUACAAUGAUUCACGAUAUUUUACGUAAUUUAAUUACAAAUGGUUUAACUGAGCGAAAUCUAGAAUGUAUUUUAUUAAUGUUAAAAACGGUGGGACCCGUUUUACGUAAAGAUGAUCUGGUGUUAAUGAAAGCAACAUUGGAGUGUAUAAAUGAUACUAUUAAUUCACCACCUGAGGAUAUUAAAAAGAAACAAUCUUCACGUUUGAAAUAUUUAGUUGACGUUGUAACUUCAAUAAAAAAUAAUAACUUUAUGAAAAUUCCAAAUUAUUCACCAGAUGAUGUGCCCCAAAUGCGGCAAGUUUUACGUACUGCACUUCGUCCAGGAAAUCAAGUAGUACAAUUAAAUAUUUCAUUAGAUGAUUUAUUAAAUGUUAAUAAACGUGGAAAAUGGUGGAUAGUAGGAUCUGCAUGGACCGGUAUCAAUGACGACGAAAAUUCUAAAAAGGAAAGGUUAAAUGAAAAUACAUCAAAUACCGAUCAUGAAAUAACUGAAAAUGAUCGUCUUUUAAAACUAGCCAAGAAAUUUAGAAUGAAUACAGAUAGUCGUAAACGUAUUUUUGUAACGCUGAUGGGUGCUAAUGAUUGCGAUGAAGCCUAUGAAAGAUUAUUACGUUUAGGACUUUCACAUGGUCAAGAACAAGAUAUUAUGAAUGUUAUAUUACUUGGUUGUCUUCACGAACAAACUUUUAAUCAAUAUUAUUCUGUGUUGGCGUUGAAAUUCUGCGACUACGAUCGUAAAUAUAAGAUAUUUUUGAGGAACUCACUUUGGGAUAAAUUUAACGAACUCGACGAUUGGCCGGUACAAAAAAUCCACAAUCUUGCUUUAUUUUUAGUACAAAUGUUUUUAAAUAAUGGUCUAACAGUAUCUGUUUUAAAAACCAUUAAUUUAAGUGAUUUAAAUGUUCCAUUACUUCGAUUUUUACGAGCAACCCUUCUUGGUAUUUUAAUAGUGGAAGAUACUGAUAUUGUAGCACGUAUCUGGUCACGCGCAGGUGACGAUAUGAAAUUUAAAGAUGCACUUCGUAUAUUUAUUGAGCAAUUUUUAUUACGUGCAAAUGUUCUUAAUGGAUUAAAACCGGACAAAAGAGGAUUGUUGGAGAGUCGUGGUCGUAUUGCUUUAAAACUUCUGCAAAGAGAUCGCCGUAAUGGAUUUAGUUUGUAAAUAUUAAAUAAUUUCAAUAAAAACAUAGUUUUUGAGUGCCAAGAACCUACCAUCGAGAUGUAUAUAUGUGAUGUACGAAAUAAUAUAAUAUUUUUAUUAUAACUAA